CCCGGCCCCGCGGCCUCACCGUACAGCCCCUGGGGCCCGCGCUGUCCGGUGGCGGGGUCGGGCGCCGUCCACAUGAGCAGGGGCUCCUGCGAGUCCCGGGGGAAGGCGGGGUCGGGUCCCGACGCCAGCUGCCCCCCGGAGAAGCUCCGCAGCUCGUCGCUCCAGGAGUGAGAGGAGCCAUAGAUGGCGCUGCCGUCCAGCCAGCCUGUCACCUCGUUGGUCUGCGGGGACACGGGGAGGCAACCCAGACUACAGAGGAUGGCCUCAGAUUCUAGUAAGGGAUUGUCCAAAGCUCAAGGUCUGCUGAGGCUGGAGAGAGGGCGGAAGACGGAGAGGGUGCAGGGAGACCGGGGAGGCGCCCCCCAAAUCCUCUCCACACCAUCGGAUCUGGGCUCUAAGACCAAGAGGAUCCGUCAAAGCCCGCAGACCAGGCCAGGAGUCCAAGCAAGGCAGCCGUCCUAGGACCCUGUAAGAAUCUGUGGUAACCACUCCUCGGGGUUCCUCGUGAGAUCUCGGCGGUCUCACCGCCCUCGAGCCGCGCCCGCGCCCCGCUGGACCCCGGACUGCAUCGCUAGAACGUCCAGACCUGGUUCCCUCUCUACUCCCACCCCCGGGAGCGCUGCGCGUGAGGUUCCACAAGGAGGAGGCGAGCGGCGCUGGCGGCCACACUCGCAUUGUUUGGAAGAGGCGAAGCAUCCACCUCCCCCAUACACCUCUACCAAAAUGGCUGCUUUCGGACACACAUUCCCCUUCUACUCUGGCCCCAAGCCGACCUUCCCAAUGGACACCACCUCGGCCAUCAUCAUCACCAUCUUUCUGACUGCACUGGUCACCUUCAUCAUCAUCCUGCCUGGCAUUCGGGGCAAGAUGAGGCUGUUCUGGCUGCUGCGCAUGGUGACCAGCUUAUUCAUCGGGGCCCUGAUCCUGGCUGUGAUUUUCAGUUCCAAGUGGUCUGUGGGCCAGGUCAGCACCAACACGUCAUACAAGGCCUUCAGUUCUGAGUGGAUCAGUGCCGAGGUGGGGCUGCAGAUUGGGCUGGGAGGAGUCAACAUCACGCUCACAGGGACCCCAGGGCAGCUUAAUGAGACCAUCAAUUACAAUGAGGAGUUCACCUGGCGCCUGGGCGAGAACUAUGCUGAGGAGUACGCAAAGGCACUGGAGAAGGGGCUGCCGGACCCUGUGCUCUACCUGGCUGAGAAGUUCACUCCAAACAGCCCAUGUGGCCUGCAUAGCCAGUACCGCCUGGCAGGACACUACACCUCGGCCAUUCUGUGGGUGGCAUUCCUCUGCUGGCUGCUGGCCAAUGUGAUGCUGUCCAUGCCCGUGCUUGUCUACGGUGGCCACAUGCUGCUGGCCACGGGCAUCUUCCAGCUGUCGGGACUGCUCUUCUUCUCCAUGGCCACGUCACUCACCCCACCCUGUCCCCUGCACCUGGGCACUGCUACGCUGCACACUCACCGUGGGCCUGCCUUCUGGAUCACGUUGGCCACAGGACUGCUGUGUGUGCUGCUGGGUCUGGCCGUGGUGGUGGCCCACUGGAUGCAGCCCCACAGGCUGAAGGCUUUCUUCAACCAGAGUGGGGGAGACGGCUCUGUGCUGGAGUGGAUUCCUGAGGAAGGAGGACUCCUGAGCCCCCGCUACCGGUCCACAGCUGAGAGUCCCGAGCCCCUGGACAUUCCUCUGUCAGGGGCUUCCUCCGAGACGUGCUGUAAGGAGGAGUACCCAGGAGAGCCUGACUGUGCCCUAUAAGCUUCCUCUCCUUGGUGGCCACCCGGACUUCCAUCUGGCUCCAGACCUCAUUGGAGCCCCAUAAACCCACCAGAACUGCCUGCAGGAUGGGUUGUAUCAGGCCCCCAGCCCCAAUCUGUAGGUGGAGUAGAAAAAAGAGGUUCUACCUAUUGAUGUUAAAAAACAAAACAAAAGCCCUAAGGUGUGAACAGACGUUGGGGCUGCCCAUACACCCUGUGGCCAUGGUGAGGCCAAGCAGGGGCUCCCCUGUUUCUGCACAGCAACCUUGCCUUCCCUUGAUGCUUUGCCUCUUCAAGGUGCCAUUUACUGAAACUCAACUUCACCCACAUAAUGACGUGCAUGUGUGGGGUUACGAUGUGAUUUUCCUCUGGUUCCCCUCAUCCCUCUGCACCUCUCAUCUUCCUUUUUCCUGGAUCCAUUUUGUUCUCUACUUCUCCAGCUUGUAUCACCUCUCCAUACAAUGAAAGACAGCACUGGGAGGGAGAAGAAACCAAACUUCUCGUCCCAGGUCUGAUAGUAAUGAACUGUGUCACAUUCUCUUUGAGCUUUAGUUCUCAAAUUUGCAGAAUAAGAUUGUAGGACUCACCAAGGACCUAAAAAAAAUCCCAGGAUUUACAUUUUUAUGCCUUGCUGACAUCUACCUUGGGCCUCAGACUCCACCCUUUAGUGAAUAAACUCCAAAACGCCAUUCCUUCCUAGCCCACUCAGCUAGGCCAGCAGAAGGGAUCCCACUGGGCCAGUGGGAGGGUGACCUGCCUGGUCGCUACAACCUAUCAUGCACCCUGAACGGCUCAAGAUGCUGGCUCCCGUCGGUUUCCCUCUGGGCUCACUAGAGGGCGCCCCUCUCCCAGAGCCUUUCCCGGGUUACUCUGAAUUCUCCAGACCGAGAGAAUCCGGAAUGGUGACGAAGCAGAGGAAGAGUGUAUUAGGCUGCCUCCAGCCGGGCGAAGUCUCCCGACGGUGCGUAGCCCCUGGGAGCCUGGAGAAGCCACGGAAAUUA